UGGAGAAGGGUCCGGUUCCCAACCUGUUCGAGCAGAAGACUCCGGUCAGCAGCUUCGACCAGCAGACGUCCGUGAAGGUGGUUUACUACAGAGCUCUGUAUCCGUUUGAUGCUCGCAGCCACGAUGAGAUCAGCAUCGCCCCGGGAGACGUCAUCAUGGUGAAGGGGGAGUGGGUCGAUGAGUCCCAGACGGGAGAACCUGGUUGGCUGGGAGGAGAGCUCAGGGGCCGCACUGGUUGGUUCCCCGCCAAUUACGCUGAACGAAUACCGGACAGUGAAGCACCAAUCAGCUUGCGAGCAACCGCCUCGGCCCCUCCCACUUCCGCCCAGCAGCCAAUGAGCACGCCUCCCCCUGCCCCGGGACACGCCUCCUCCUCCGCGCCCUCAGCCAAUAGUAACUGGGCUGACUUCAACACCACUUGGCCCUCUAACUCAGCCAGCCAAUCAGAAAGCGAGGGCUGGGACGCAUGGCCCACCUCUACGACCAAUCAGAAUCCUUCCCUCAGUGUUCCGUCGGCGCAGCUACGGCAACGCUCCGCCUUCACACCAGCUACCUUGACAACAGGCUCCUCCCCUUCUCCUGUGCUGGGCCAGGGGGAGAAGGUGGAGGGUCUUCAGGCUCAGGCUUUGUAUCCCUGGAGGGCGAAGAAGGACAACCACCUUAACUUCAACAAAAAUGAGGUCAUCACGGUGUUGGAGCAGCAGGACAUGUGGUGGUUAGGUGAACUGCAGACCGGACAGAGAGGCUGGUUCCCCAAAAGUUACGUCAAGCUCAUCUCCCCCACCAUGACGCCCCCCCCGAGUACCGUCGCACGCAGCAAAAACCCAAG